AUAUAUAUAUAUAUAUAUAUAGUGGUUACAUUGUGUUACUGUAAAAGGGUAGACAAAAUAAGCUUUGGCUUCAGUCUACACCUUUUGGUCCUUGUUUGAUAUACAUGCAAAAAAAACAACUUUGUAUUGACUACUGACUUCUAUAACGUGACCAAAUAAACAUAUCAAAUCAAAUCAAUCAAAUUGAUGGCAGCACACAUUGUUAUGUUCCCUCCACGUUGGCCAGGGACCUCUGUGAUGGCACGCUGGCCCAUGAUAUUCCUCCCUCGGCGCCUUCUUUUUACAAGGUUGAACCGCUUCAUCAAUGAAUAUGAAUUCAAUGCAAAUUGCUGAUUGCAUAUUGCACAACAGCCUUUGGAGUUUAGAAAUGUGAUUGACUGUGUGUUCUGUGUGAACAGCAAGAGAGGGAAUUCAGGAAGAGUGUGCAGAGUAUUGGGAAUUGUGUGUAGUGUUGUGAGAAAUGUGUGGUAUGGAAUGGGAAUUUGAGUCUAGAGCAGUAAAUGUGCUUGGAGUUCAGCAGGAUUGGUUCAGCCACCUGAAACAUGAGUUUCAGGUUGUGCACAUUGUGUCUGAUGUUCCAAUAAAUGUGUUUAAACAAUUGUGAAAAACUGUAACUCAUCUACCAAACAUCUGACAACAUGUCUUUAUAAUACCCCUGAUGUGUUGAUUACAGUUUUUUCUGAAAGCUUAGGCGCUAAUCAUGUUCUUGUAGCACAAUUUCUAAAACUAUUAAUACAUAUAGCAAAACCACUCACUGAGUUAGCCAAACUAAAAGCACAAAUACUGCUUUGCACUCAGUUUGUAAUUUUGUAACACACACUUUGCAAAACUGUAGGCACAAUUCGCUGCUUACACUCAAUUGCCAAAUUUCCAAAACACUCCUAGCAAAAUAAUACACAUGUAUGGCUAUUAUUUACACUAUUUUGCCAACUGUCUGGCACACUUUCACAUGUGAAAACAAUUUUAGAGAAUUAGUUCACUUUGCAAUCAGCCUAAGCACUAUAACUAAGCCACAGGUAAGCUGUCUGUGUGGAGUACAAUGGAAGGAGCAAGAAGAGUAAGAAUCAGAGGACGAGGAAGAGGACGUGGAGGUGAAGGAGUUGGAGGAAGAGGACGCGGAAGUGAAGGAGUUGGAGGAAGAGGACGUGGAGGUGAAGAAGCAAGAGGUUUAGAGGAAGUUAGAGGAAGAGGACAAGGAGGAGCAAGAGGAGGACGAGGAGGGGGAAGAAGAAGGGCCAGAGCAGACCCGAUAUCAUCAUAGGGGACAAUGUUAGUUUCCAUAGGGCUGCUUUGGUCCGCAACUGGUUUACUGAUCACCCACUCUUCAUGGCACUCAACCUCCCCCCAUACUCUCCAUUCUUAAAUCCGAUUGAAGAGUUAUGUUCUGUCUGGCGCUGGAAAGUCCACGACCGCCAUCCCCAUCAACACGCAGCCCUUUUACAGGCAAUGGAGGAGGCAUGUGGAGAUAUUGAGCAGGCAUCAUGUCAGGCCUGGAUACGGCAUGCAAGGAGGUAUUUUCCCCGGUGCCUUGGACUGGAGGACAUUGCAUGCGAUGUGGAUGAGAUUUUGUGGCCGGACCCAGAGAGACGGCAUGAUGUAGGCUGAUUGUCUUUUUUUUGUGAAUGUAUUAUUUUAUGUUCUGUUACAAUUCCUUGGCUAAUGAGGUGGCUGCCUGGUCCUCACCGGAGGACAUUCACUGUUCUGUGGAGGAUAAUUGACUUCAUUGAAAUCAGGAUCAAAGAACACCAAGAGAACCUUGACCCCUCAUCACCAAGAGACUACAUCGACUCCUUCCUCAUCGAGAUGGGAGAGAAUCAGGACAAAGAUGCCGGUUUUGAUCUAAAAAAUGUAUGUUUUUGCGCCCUGGAUCUGUUUCUAGCUGGAACUGAAACCGCCACUACAACGUUACACUGGGGGCUGCUGUACAUGAUCUAUUAUCCUGACAUACAAGAGCGAGUGCAGGCUGAGAUAGACGCUGUGAUUGGUUCCUCCAGACAGCCCUCUGUGUCUGACAGAGAAAACCUGCCCUACACCAACGCAGUCAUCCAUGAGAUACAGAGAAUGGGCAACGUCAUCCCGCUCAAUGUGUUUCACAAGACAAACAGGGACACCACACUUGAUAAGUAUAACAUCCCAAAGGGCACCAUUAUCAUGCCAACGCUGAACUCGGUCCUGCACGAUGAGUCGAUGUGGGAAACUCCACACACGUUCAACCCUCAACACUUCCUGGACCAGGAUGGUAAAUUCAGAAAGAGAGAGGCUUUUCUACCUUUUUCAGCAGGUCAACGUGUGUGUCCCGGAGAGCAGCUGGCACGGAUGGAGUUGUUCCUCUUUUUCACGUCUCUUCUUCAGAGGUUUUCGUUCUCACCAGCUGCAGGAGAGCAGCCCAGUCUGGAGUUCCAGAUGGGAGGCACUCGCAGUGCCAAACCUUACCGCCUCUGUGCUGCACUGCGUUAAAAACUUCAACCAAACCAAUCUAAGCAAGUCUGAUUCUUACCUCAUGGGAGGAGGUAAGAUCCCUUCCCAUCCCAGCUGCUCCAGAUGAGGUGGGUGGGGUGAACUUGCACUUCCCUUUGAGCUUUCUUUUGUAUGCUGUGAGGUUUUCACUCAUUUUAAUGAUUGAUCUUUUUACGGACAUUACCAUAAAAUCAAGGUUGGUCAAUUUCAACUUGACAUAACUCUCCAUGGAAAACUGAUUCUUCCACUGCAUAUAAAGGAAUGUUUUUGACAAGUUUCAAGAUUGUUGCAAAUCUUUGUUCAUUUAAAUGAUUUAUUGUAUAAAAAAAAUGAAUAAAAUAAUCACUCAAUGCUUUGUUUUUUGUUUUAUCAUUGGUUUUGUGUCUGGGUAACAAUGGGAUUGGAUUCUAUGGGGGAUCAGAUUUAAAAAAAAAAGGGAUUUUUAAAUGAUUAAAGAAGCUGUAUUAGCAUGGUUUAAGUCAUGUGUAUCUGAUAAUUUGUUCAUGUGAAUGAUGAAACAUAAACACAGUUGGUCUUGAAGUCCACAAGGUUCUGUACUUGGGCCACGGACUGAGGUUGUUGUCUUUGAACCCAAGUACUUCAGGAAGAGAGUUUUUCUUUUCAUUUAGUGAAGUGAAGAAACCUGAACUUUGACCAAAAUUAGCUUUUUAAAUUAUAUACAGUACAGACCAAAGGUUUGGGCACACCUUCUCAUUCAAACAAAUUGGGUGUGUCCAAACGUUUGGUCUGUACUGUGUAAAACCAGUUUUUGUAACCUUUGUAACUUAAAAAAAAAAGGAAAAUCCUACAUUAGAGUGAUGCAGAAAAAGUAGUCAUGUCAAGACUGAAUUCCUUGUUAGUGGGAAGUUUGGGGAUUACUCUGAACAGCCUGGGUUUCUUUUUUAUUAUUAUUUCUAAUUAUAUUACUUAAAGUUUUCAUCAAAUUUGAUAAUACUCAAUCUCUGUUCUUUAUUAGUUUAUUUUCAUCCAUCUCUCUCCUCUUUCAUCUCCCCUGUCCAUCCUCAGUGUUUUCAUUUCAUGUUCAUUAGUGCAUUUUGUGGCAACUGUUUGUGGUCUUUUUCGAUUCAAUGCAAUUCAAUUGUAUUCAUAUAGCGUGUAUUGCAAAACAAGUUGUUUCUAGACGAUUUCCACAGACCCACAACAUGACCCAACAUGAGCAUUACAUAAACAAUGACAGCGUUAAGCCAAACAGGGGCAAGAAAAACUCCACCUUAAAUGUCCUUGUUUCUGAAAUGUGCUAUAUAAAUAAACUUGCCUUGCC